AUUUGACCAGGAAGGAGUUAAACAUUCAAUCAGCUCAUGAUUGACAGAUUCAAAGGUUCAGAUUGCUGCAGACUUGGAGCUCAUUUCUUAUUUGAAGACUUGUGCAAGCACAGACAGCACCUUUAUAAGCCACUAAUAAAAAAGCGUACACUAUGAAAAAAUCCCACUUCUUCAAAGCAACUACCAAAAGUCUGAAAGUUUGUGGCAAGAUAGGAUUUGCCAGGAGGUUAUUUCUAGAUGUAAAGUUCUUGGCAAGAUGCCAAGCACCUCUGCCUUAGAUGAGGCUGGAAAUUGUUUCGAAGUUCCAAUUUUUUGUUUUAGACUGCUGUAUGGAGCACCAAGGAAGGGAAAGUAGGUCAGGUGCUUAAAACUUCUAGGUGCUGAUGUUGCCUCUAGCCAGAUCCAGGUUGUGGGCCUAAAUCUGGAAGUCAUUUUAUAGCUUUCCAGCCAUCUGUCAUGGGAGUCCUAGCAACAGGGCAAAGGCUGAUGGAGGUGCAGUCAGUCACAUCUGGAACUGCAAGUAAGUGUGAAUCCCUAAGUGUGAUUUAUUGGACUAAAGCCACAUCUAAACUAUGCCUCUUCUGUCCUUCUCUACAGUAGCAUCCUUCUCACCUACCGCCCACCAGAUGUCUUCAACUACGAGGCCCCUUGCCCGCCAGGCCAACACACCCAGAGGGCCUCAAGUUGCAAGAGGCUGCCCUGGACCCACAGCAGCCCAGGCCUCCCAUUUUCCUUAAGUUAACUAACCCGCCUUGAGGAUUUAUUUUUUAAAAAAAGGAACCGUCAGCAAGCACGCGGAUACAAAGGUGAAACUGAACCUCCGGUUAAAGAUUCGGGAGGCUGUUCCUACAAGUCCGCUUCCUUCCCCACUUCUUGCCCUCUCCUCCACACCAACGAGGACUCCGGGCCCGCUGGCUUCUUCCUUCCAUUUUCCGGCCGGCGCUGUGACACUCGCUCCGCCUCCGCCAUGGGCUCGCUUUGCGCAAGCGCAGCUGGGCUUCGUAGUAGCGGCGGCGGUUGUGGUGGCGGCCGCGGCGACGACUUGGGGAGGGCAGGGCAGGGGGAGGGGAAAGGAGAACGUUACGCCGCGGGAGACGCGGCCACACCGAGCACGCGGGAAGGGGGAGGCCGGGGUCACGAACUCUGACCUCCCAGAUCCGGAGUCGCCACCGACCCCAUUAACCCUGAGGGUUGAGCGCCGCGCUGCGCCUGUCAGUGUGCUGCAAAACGAAGUCACAAAUCCAUAUUCAUGUAAUUCACUAGGCGGACCGAGACAGCGCAAAAAACUUUGUGACAUCUUUUGAAAUCUCUAGAACUUUUUUUCAGAAAACACUGUUGACAGAAGAUCAUGGCAACUAUUGAAGAAUUGGCCCAUCAAAUUAUAGAACAGCAAAUGGGGGAGAUGACACAUUCCCAAGGAUCUGUCACACAAACACUAAUGGAUGGGACAGCACAAAGAAUUCAGAUUGUCCCUGCUGAUACAGGUCUUUCCUUACCACAGCGAAUACAGAUUGUUACAGAUCAGCAGACGGGGCAGAAGAUUCAGAUUGUUACAGCACUUGAUCAGACAGCAACGGGCAAGCAGUUUAUUUUAACAAAUCAUGAUGGUUCUACCCCAAGUAAAGUGAUCCUUGCAAGACAAGAUACUACUCCAGGAAAGGUUUUUCUUACAACACCUGAUGCUGCAGGAGUGAACCAACUGUUUUUUACAUCCCCAGAUAUACCCGCACAACACAUUCAGAUUUUAACAGACAGUUCUUCCACUGAACAGACUCUAAAUAAAGUAUUUGAUCUCUGUGUUGUUUGUGGGGACAAGGCAUCAGGGCGCCAUUAUGGGGCUGUGACAUGUGAAGGGUGCAAAGGAUUCUUUAAAAGAAGCAUACGAAAGAAUUUAGUUUAUUCAUGUCGCGGGGCAAGAGACUGUGUGAUUAACAAACAUCAUAGAAACAGAUGCCAGUACUGUAGGCUGCAGAGAUGUAUUGCCUUUGGAAUGAAACAAGAUUCUCCACACCCUUUUGUAGCUGUUCAGUGUGAGAGGAAACCUGUUGAAGUGUCUCGGGAAAAAUCUUCAAAUUGUGCAGCUUCUACAGAAAAGAUUUAUAUCCGAAAAGAUUUGCGGAGCCCGCUUACAGCAACUCCAACUUUUGUAACAGACAGUGAAACAACAAGAUCAACGGGAGUGUUGGAAUCUGGAAUGUUUGUGAAUAUUCAUCAGUCCGGCAUAAAAAAUGAGCCUGCAGUUCUGAUGACUGCAGAUAAGGAAAAGAAGUAUGAUAAAGAGCAGCACCCCUCUGACUGUCAUCAAAGCGUAUUUCUCUUUAAGGAGAAGGCAACUGAAGAGAAAAGGACCCAUGAUCCACAUGAGAUAUCUUCUAUAGGAGCUGAAACAUGUCAAGGAGAUUUAAGUACUUUAGCAAAUGUGGUAACAUCAUUAGCAAGUCUAAGUAAAUCCAAAGAUAUGCCUCAAAGUAGUCCUGAGCUGUCUAUGAUAGAAAGCUUAAGCAAUGGAGACACUUCCUUGUCUGAACUCCAGCAAGAUGACCAUGCAGGUACUGAUGUUACAAGGGCUUUUGAUACUCUUGCAAAAGCACUAAACCCAGGAGAGAGUGCAUCAUGUCAAAGCUCUGCAGAAAGUAUGGAAGCCAGCGCACAUCUUGUUGGUGAAGAAGCAAGCAUGAAUGUGGUUGAAAUAGAAGGCCCACUGCUCAGUGAUGCUCAUGUAGCUUUCAGGCUCACCAUGCCUUCACCUAUGCCCGAAUACCUGAAUGUUCAUUAUAUUUGUGAAUCAGCCUCCAGACUGCUCUUUUUAUCUAUGCACUGGGCACGUUCAAUUCCGUCCUUUCAAGCUCUAGGGCAGGAUAACAGCAUAUCAUUAGUAAAAGCCUGCUGGAAUGAACUUUUUACACUUGGCCUUGCACAGUGUUCACAAGUAAUGAAUAUAGCAACUAUACUGACUGCAUUUGUUAAUCACCUUCACAGCAGUUUACAACAAGAUAAACUGUCAGCAGAUAGAGGAAAGCUAGUGAUGGAGCAUAUUUUCAAACUUCAGGAGUUCUGUAACAGCAUGGUGAAGCUUUGCCUUGAUGGUUAUGAAUAUGCUUAUUUGAAGGCUAUUGUCCUCUUCAGUCCAGAUCACCCAGGCUUAGAAAAUGUGAUACAGAUAGAAAAAUUUCAAGAAAAAGCAUAUAUGGAAUUCCAGGAUUAUGUUACAAAAGUAUAUCCGGAUGAUACCUACAGGUUGUCUAGGCUACUUCUCAGAUUGCCUGCCCUGAGGCUGAUGAGUGCUGCUAUCACCGAAGAGCUGUUCUUUGCAGGACUAAUUGGCAAUGUUCAGAUUGACAGCAUUAUACCAUAUAUUUUAAGGAUGGAGACUGCAGACUACAACUCUCAAAUAAUUGGUCAGGCUGUGUAGAAGUUACAGAAGAGAUUUUAUACCAUGGUAGUCAUGGUGACUGUAAAUAUACAUUAUCUCCAGGAGAUAACAAGAUGUUUUCCUGUGCAGUUACUACAAGGAGAAAAAACCCAAGAGGCCACUUCCUCCGUAUCAGUGCAUUUGGGAAACAGUGGAAUUGAACACAAAUGGUACAGGAUGAUUUACAUUUUAUCUGGUUUUCAAGAGCUUUGUACAUUAACUUAGAAACUAAUGAAAAUCAACAAGUGUAUUUCAUCUUAGUUUUGUAGUUUAGCUAUACAUGGAAUUUAAGAACUCCAAAUGUACAACAAACUAACUUUUGGUGAAAUAAACUUCAUCAAGGUAAUGUACUAUUUGGGGGUGGAAAUAAACUUUCUUCCCAAUGUUGUGUUUUUUAGUAUAUUGUUUCUACAGAUUUAUUUUUGCCAGUUUGAUGCAAGUCUGAAAUCUUGAAUAAGCCAAUUUGUUCCUGAUGUGACUCAGUUGUGAAGCUCUGGACAUCUUUUAAGAUUUCUGUAUGUAAUGUUCACAUUUAUAUCAGUUGCUAAUAGGAUUUAGAAGUAAUUCUGUAUAUUUUAAUUGCAUCAGUAACACACUGGCUAAAAUCCCAUUUGUAGUGUAAGCCCAACUGUUUCUGCCUGGUAAAUAAACUGGUGGUGUUGUGAUUCUUUGGGAGAAGUGUGUAUGCACAAGAACCCAGCAUGCAGCUGUGCCCCCAAGAACUGCAACAUUAAUUUAUUUGGGGAGGAACAAAGUUAUGCUUGGGCUUAUACCAGCGAUAGUGAACCUAUGGCAUGUGUGCCACAGCUGGCAUACGGAGCUCUUUCUGCUGGCACGCGAGCCAUAAGUUGCCAGA